AUGAUCCAGGCGGUGAUGGUCAUCAGCACCCAGGCCAAGCCCCGCCUCCUCAAGUUUUAUAAUUUCCAGCCACCCGAGAAGCAUCAGGACCUCGUCCGCAGUGUCUUCCAAUUACUCUCUGCAAGACCCGACAGCGUGAGCGAUUUUGUCAAGGUGGACUCCAUAUUUUGCCUGGGAACAAAAAUGGUCUACAAGCAUUUGGCCACACUAUACUUUGUUUUUGUAUUUGAUAGCUCUGAGAAUGAGCUUGCCAUGCUCGAUCUGAUACAAGUUUUUGUUGAAACAUUGGACAAAUGCUUUAAGAAUGUAUGCGAGCUUGACAUUGUGUUUAACUUCAACAAGCUGCACACGAUUUUGGAUGAGAUGAUAUUGGGGGACAGGUGA